UACAGUACGGAGCUGCGAGGGACCGCUGCAUCGUCUACGUACUCACUUCACAUCUGCAGUUCCCGGUCCCAACAUAACCACAAUGAAACCCCUCAGGACGACAAUCAUUCUCCUGUUGCUUGUGGUGCCUGCACUGCGCGCAUCAGUGCCAUGCGGCGGAAUACUCUCCGGAAGUUCUGGCCAGAUCCUGUCACCAGGCUAUGGAGAAGGUCUUACCAACAGCCCGGGCGAGAUGGACUGUGAGUGGAAGAUCAUCGCCCCGACUGGAAAGGACCUGCAGUUGACGGUUGGAUACCUUCAACUGGGGGAAAACGGCCUCCUCGAGAUAUUCGACUUCUGCCCGUACGGACACAGAGUCGAGAGUCUUUCAGGAACUGCCGAACCCUCACUGACCAUCAUCACCACCGCAAACGAGGCCUUCCUGAAAUUCACCGCGAGUGGGCUACAACCCACACAGGGCUUCCGCAUCAGCUACCGAGCCAUUCCGACUGAAAUUUGGUCAUUCCACCUUCAAUUUGGUCGGCAGAACAACCAAGGAAACAGAAGACAGAAGAGAGCGAUUGCAGGAAUUUUAAGGGUCGCUAGUUUUGUGAGCGACAUUCUCUUCAACGUGGCAGGCCUUGUCUUCGGUCGCCUUGACUCCCAGACUGCAGAACAACGACAUCAACAACUAACAGAGAACCUGGUUCGGCUGAACCAAAACGUUAAUAACAUACAGGAGGAAAUACGGGAGCUAGGCGUCAUGAGUGAAUUGCGCCACCAGAGGGAACUAGCCGCUGACAAGUACGCUGCCUCGGAGCGAAGAAUUAAGAACUUAGUGGACACGCUGCACACCCGACUGCGGAUAACCGUAGAUGGAGCACUGGAGCCCGGGAGCCUCGCCCAGGAGUGGGUGCAAGUAGUGUUGAGUCAGGACUCAGAAGGCAUGAACCAGGCGCUGAACAACAUGCACGACAUGGUGACGGGGAGCACGACGGUGUUUGACGGGACGUCAAUCAUUGAAACAUUGGACGCCAUCCUGAGGCAGCAAAACCAUCCGAGUGCCACGGAGAAGCUGAAGAGCAUCUCUGAAUACAUCAUUGACCUGCAACUCUCCGGGUACGUUGCCUGGAUCCUGGCGCUGAAGCAGAAUGCUGACAUGGGCCAGGCUGACGAAGUUAUGAAAAGAUCGUACAGCAAGCUGAGUGAACAGAACUGCUUCAUUGCUCGUUUCUUCUACGAGUGGCCGACAGGCACGUACGGCCUCCCUAAGGCUUCCAGUGGGUGUCCUGCCGGCUUCAGUGAUGGUCAGUACGAGUUCAGGGGACAGGUUAACAGUUUCAGCUGGACAGGUCAGCUGUAUUUAGCCGGCAGUCUCUCCAACAACAAAGUACAGCAGGGGGUCUGCAUGAAGACGACUUCCAGCGACAGCGAGGACAACUGGCCAAAAGGGAGCUACUGCAUCCUAAAGUAUGGGAACUGUCCAGCCGGCUUCAGCCCGGGUGUGCUGGGCUUUCCCGGGGGGACCCAGACCGGAGUUGUUGCUGACGGAAGCGCGGAGUUUAACAGCACAGAGGUGGAGUACUGCUGCCGGGAGGACGGGUUUGCCUCCUACCCCAUCCGCCUGCCCUCCAGACCUCCCUUCUACCUGCUCAGGCGUGACAUGCGUGAAGGAGAGUGCCAGCAGGUUGAUGGAGCAACUGUCCGUGAGGGCUGGGUUGAGUACAGGGGAAACGGGUACCGUGAUGGCAUGACUCCUGACGAUCAUGGUGACGACAACAGCCACACGCUCUACUACUGCUUCUACAGCGUCCCCGGUCCCGCCACUGACGCCCCGAGUACACGGGUCAUCUCAGCUGCCGAGCCGAUACACACAGCCAAUGUCGUCAACUUUGGUACAUGUGUGAUCAUCAGCUUUGUACCUGCACUAUGGGCUCUGUUGUAG